AUGGGACUGAUCCGCGCCACGGAAGCCAUCGCGUGGACAAGCAUUUUUCCAUAUGCUUACUUCAUGAUCCAGUCGUUCGAGGUUCCGGAAAAUGACAUUGCAUUCUAUUCUGGCGCGCUGAUAGCCGUGUUUACCUUCGGCGAGUUCCUCACUGGAGUCAUUUGGGGCCGCAUUAGUGACAAAAUCGGGCGGAAGCCGACCUUGCUGAUUGGGAUUCUCUGCGGUCUCGUUACCUCCCUGACACUUGGGCUGUCGCGGUCUGUUUCUGUCGCCAUUGCCUCUCGCGCCUUCGGUGGGUUAUUCAACCCGAACGUCGGCCUCAAGCGAAAGCAUUCUCCCUCGUCAGCUUCAUCAGAUCUCUUGGGUGCGUUUUUCUUGUCAAAUCGCUGGAAUGCCGCUGCACACGGCCCCAGUUUGUCUAACUCGGCUAUGUCUUCCAGGAAUCUCACUGGGCCAGUCCUAGGAGGGCUGCUCGCAGAUCCGGCUGCCCUCUACCCAUCCAUCUUUCCUCGUAACUCUCUCUGGACCGAUUACCCAUACCUCCUUCCAAAUCUUGUUGUUGGCUUGCUGCAAGUCCUUACCUUGGUCUUCGCACUCCUCGUUCUGCAGGAAACCCAUCCCCAGAUGUCAAGCCCAGCUCUGAGGUUAUCUGUCCUUCAACGCUUGAAAAGUGUCUUCGUCAAGGGCGAUGCUGCAUACACUCCAUUGCUGGGGGAACCUUCCACCGAAGAUUUCAACAACGAACGAGGAGACGAUGCUCAGGCUUCCUCAGAUCCAGAAGCCUUUGGGCCGGACAGGCCGGCCAAACUCCACCGUGAGCGCGCCUUCACAGUUCAGGUGAUGUUGCAAGUACUGGCGGUCUCUUUGCUUGCCUUCCACAAAGUUGGGUCCGAUUCCCUCAUGGGCACCUUUCUUGCUUUGGAAUCUGGUGAUACCAAGAAACCUGCAGACGAAGCAGCGCCUAGGGGCAUGCUCGUCCCGCGUUCCCGUGGUGGAUUCGGAUUCGACACAAGAAUGAUUGGUAUCAUCUUCUUGGCGGAGGCAAUCUUCAGGGUUGCGAUUCAACCUACAGCAAUCCCCUGA